GGAAAUGGUGAAAAGCGAAGCGGAGAGAGGAGAAGUAAUGAAUAUCAUUUUAUUUCAUUUCUCAUACUCGCUGCCACUGGAGCAGAACAUUACCUAUCAGUACGGCAAUUGGGUUGAUUAUUGAUUUAAAUCUUCUUUAUCUGUCAUUUUAUACUGUAGGAUAUUUUCCCAGCUAGAGCUACUUGAUGAAAAACUAGGUAAUAAAAAUUCAGACUUUGCCCAACGCUGUUAAAAGGGACGAGAUAAGACUAUAAUAUUGUAUAAAGGUUGUACUUUUUGGAUUUCUGUGUUAUUACAUGGUAGGUUAAUGCUCCACCAAAACACAGAUUGAAACGACUAAAAUGAGAAGGCUUUCAAUUGCUGUGGUAAUCUGCAUAUUUGCUUCUUGCCUUGUCAAAGGCAACAGUUGGUGGGAGGAUUAUGAGAAAGGAAAGAAGCACUACAGUGAGGAGGCUCUUAAUAAGGAGUUUCCAGAGAAGACGAGACCUCAAGGCUUCAGUCACCCCCCGUUUCAGUGUCCAGACAUGAGCCCCUCUCCCACCAAUCCCUCAUCUGUUGAGCUUGUGAAAGCAGCUGACAUCAGAGUUAUAGCAGCCAUGGGUGAUUCGCUGACAACAGCAAUUGCUGCCAAUGCAUCCAGUGUCCUCCAAGUGCCCAUUGAAUACCGUCAAGUUUCAUGGAGUAUUGGGGGCUAUGGAACAAUCCAAGAUGUUAUUACACUUGCAAACAUUGUCAAACUGUUUAACCCAAAUGUGCUGGGGCCAGCACCCGUGAUGACCUUCCAUGGUGUUCCUACAACCAUCAAUGAAACAGGCUUCAAUCUGGCAGUCACUGGACACAACACUUUAAAUUUCUCUGAACAGGCCAGACACCUUAUUGACACACUCAAGAGCUAUCCAGGUCUGAACUUUACAGAGGACUGGAAACUGGCCACUGUACUUAUUGGAAUGAAUGAUAUCUGCGAUUACUGUAAAAACAAGACACUUUUCUCAGUGGACAAUUUCAUUCAUUAUAUGGCAGAGUCCCUGGACAUGAUGAUGAAUGAGGUCCCCAGGAUGAUCGUGAAUGUGGUUCAGAUCAUGACCAUGGAGCCAUUGAGAGAGGUCCAGAGGCCAACUGUGGGCUGCCUGCUGCAGAAGUCUUUCUGUUCCUGCUUGACAACGCCACCUUCUGAUUCUCCUGAGCUGAAGGAGCUUGUUGAGUUGAACUUUGAGUUCCAGAGGAGGUUGGAGCAACUUCUCCACAGUGAUCGUUACUUUAAGGAGGACUUUGCUGUGGUUCUCCAGCCCUACCUGAAAAAUGCACAACCACCAAGGCUUCCAAAUGGGAAUGUUGACAUGAGCUUUUUCGCCCCUGACUGCUUCCACUUCACCAUUAAAGGCCAUGAGGAACUGGCUAAGGGCUUGUGGAACAACAUGUUCCAGCCUGAAGGAGAAAAGUUCCUGCUUGAGACAUUCUCUGAACCGAUUAAACUGAUAUGUCCCUCUGAGGAACAUCCUUACAUCUACACAAGACCUCAUCGUCCCACAUCAUCCUCGCCCACAUUGUCCAGCUCGCUCCAGCUCUCGCUCUUCCUGUCCCUGUUGACUGUGACAUUCAUCGUGUAAUGCCUAAAUUAUAACCUCACCUCUUUGAGGCUCAGUUCGCUGAGUAUGGGACAACGUAGACUAAAUAAAGUUUUUCUAUUCAUAGAGUUCUGUUUCUAGCUGAUGUGAGCUGAUGUUCAUGGCGAGUACAUGUAUGGUCGUACACAUGCGCAUGUACACAUUGAAGGAUGCACACACACACACACACACACACACACAGACACGCGCGCACACACACACACACACACACAAGGUAAUGAACCGAGUGAUUGUGCUGCCUGCUGCUGGUGGGUUUCAUAAUCGCAUGCUGUCCUGACUGACACCAGAGGGCGCUUGACAGCUGUAUUUUAUUUUUAAUGAGUCAAAGGUUUAUUGAUUUUGGUUUUUAUAAUAAGCCAAGGCUCUCUGCUAAAUAUCUCACAGCUGUUAAUGAAAAUCCUUUCGUCAAUAGUUUGUGUGAGAGUAUAUAUUAAAUAAAAGUAAAUUUCAGUUUGUGUAGCAUGUUGGGGCUCUGGAAAAUGUGCAAUUUACAUUUUUCUUUAAAACCACUUUUAUUGUUUUAUUAGCCAUAAGAUUAAUGAAUGUGAACAGUGUUCAGCCUACAUCAUCACAGUCCCCUGUAAAAGUGCUCUUAGAGAUUUGUUCUGCAGAUUCAGUUGCAGAAUUAAUGUCAUGUCAGCUUCUUUUAAAGGGUAUUUUAAAAUGACUUGUCCACACAGUAUUACAUACCUCUGUAGCUGAAUGGAAACACUAACAUUCAUUACCUUCCUGCUUUUUUUAUUUUUUAAUUUUAUUUUUUUUCCCCCUGAGAGCAUUUGACUCUGGCUCUUUAUCCUCAGCCAUACCAUAUUCACACUGUGUCACUGAGGUCUGACGUCACAGAAAGGUUAAAAAAAACAGGAGGCAGUAUUUCUGAGUAUUUUAAAUCGAAGGAUAAGGAUAGAUAGGUUGUAUCAAAAAACGAAUUCAGGGAGGUUAGGGGUUCAAAGCAUUAAAGAGACAAAAGCAAGGCAUUAAAAGCUUUGAACAAGGUAAACACUGGUGAAACCAGGCCCCUGAGAUAGGUGGGAUAAUUGGAUAGAGUUGUUUCGGAGGAAACCUGAAACGUGUUUUUCUCUUUCACAAAUUAAGCCUUUGAAAAAAAAACCCUACAAAGGUGUCUAACCUUUCCUUUCAUGACACGAUCAGCAGUUCUGCCAGCAGCCCUCGUCCCUCAGUUGCCAUUACUGUGUUGGCGUAUCCAUAAACAUACAGCCUCAAUUUAUGGAGAACAAUCACUGGUUGAGUGAGUCCUGCGAUUGACCUGCCACUACAAAUAGACAUUUGGAAUAAAGAGAACUGCUGUAAUUUCACUCUGGACAAACACAGCACCCCGCUGAUGCAAAACGGCCUUUAUUGUUUUGGGUAGAGCACACAGAUUAGGAUCUUUACAGAUGGUGAAAUAGGAAAUUUGAUACAGGCAAUAUUAAUGGGUUUCUGGAUAAGUAUUCAUUAAAGUGUCUUCAUGUUUAAUUAAAGUCCCCGAUAAAGCAGACUGCUGAAGUUCAAGUUCCACCAUCAGUUUAUUAAACUGUACUGCAAUAAUUUAUACAUGCAUGCACUGUAAGAUUGCAGCAAUAUUCUUCAUGUUUUUAAUUAAUUUUAAUUAAUUGACUAUUUCUUCUCACAACUGUUCCUCCAACUGUUUUUUUUAUUAAAAAGCCUGUGUAACAAAACAAAAGUCAGAAUUGGUCUAAAAUGUUCAGGUUGUUGAAUUUAUCUAAGUAAUUGGAGAUUUCAAAUGAGGGAUGUUAGCCUGAACUGAAAGUGUUUGCAUCCUUGCCAAUAGAGCUAAUUUCUAUUCUCAUUAAGUGAACAACCCCACAAAAAAGACAUUGCAAUGGUGUAUACAAUUUGCAAAGAUUAUUUGGUAGUUUGUUUCCAUACCUUGGGAAAUGAAAUUGUCUGCAAUGUCACUGUGGUAAUGCAUGUAUGUACUUGCACAUGUGCC